AUGUCUCGAGAAAUGGCGAGACUUGAGAGAUGUCACGUGACAGUCUGCCCCGAAAAGGCCGUGGCGAAUGUUUGUGUGUUUGGUAUGUGUGAUGGAAGCAGGCAGCAAAUGGAGAAUUACAUUGUAAAAGAAUUCCAAAAUCUUCAUGUUUUGUCUACAUGUAACCUAGAGAAGAUGGAUGAACUGGUGCAAGACUUAACAAAUGCUCUUGAGGAAACCUCCAGGAACAAUGGUGGAGAAAACUCGGCACCAAUUGUCCGAAGACAUCAUCGCAAAAAGAAGCCAAGGAAGCGUCGGUCAAACCCCAACCUGAUCUGGGAGAGUGGCAACCUGAGUGAAGCCUCAGAGAGUAGCCUUGAUGAGGCCUUUAAGGAUUACAUUCAGAGUGUUGUGCGCCAUAGUGACUCUGACGAUUUAGAUGUGGUCCGACGUCUCUCUCAGAUCGGCCUUCCUCUCUCUGCAGCUGUUCCGCCCGUGGAGUCCGACUCCGUUCCUGAGACGUUCUCCCCUAUUGAUACACAGAGAAGACGGCGUAGGUACAAGAGCAUGACUGUGGAUCCAAUUCCGUGUGCGGAUUUUGCACUCAGCCGAUGCAAACUUCGUAACCAGCGCCUCCUGUCACGGCAGAAAGCAUUACUUCGGGAUAACAACUUGAAUGAGAAAUAUAUGGCAGAGUCGGAUGACGCUGGUAACAUAGUGCCAGGCAAAAGAAAACGUAGUAGAAAAUAUGACUUUUUUUGUACAAAUGGUACGAAGAGUAAAGACAGCAGAAAAAUGGAAAUUUCUAAUCAUGAAACAAGCAGUUCCCUAAGCAGUAGUGAGAGUGAAGGAGGUCUCAUCACAAACGAUGAAUCAAGAGAAGCUGAUGAUGAGCACAGUGAUUUCUUCCAUGAGGCAGACCCAGCUUGUGGAAUCCCUGAAAUCAUUCCUUGGUGGGAGACGGACAAAAUUGAUGAGGGUGACAAAGACCCAGAAUUCCAGAAGAUUCUUACUGGCACAUUUGAACAUCUUCCAAGAUCAUCUCAACUCAGUUACAAUGCCAGAGUGAAAAAACUUAUGUGUGGAAGACAAAUUCGAUCUGGGAGAAGAAAAUUAAAAGGAAAAAUUCCUGGUUACUCAAUGUCUCGAUUCCUACAAGAGCAACAAAAAUGGACAGCUUUGCAAAUGCGAUAUCGUCCUUCUUUGAACGGACAUGAAUCUUGCGACCAUAAACGACAAAGAAAAUUAAAUUCUUCAAGUUCUUGUGAAGGUUUUCUUGUUGGGGAUGAUACUGAACCCAUUCCAGAGUCCCACAUCGGCAGUCGUAUUCUCCAGAAUAUGGGCUGGAAACCAGGUAAAGGUCUUGGCCUUCAUGAAGAUGGCAUCACUCACCCCAUCCAGGCAUUAAUGUUGCCACGACGACAGGGACUUGGCUACCAACAAACCAACACUCAAGAGAUCAAUCAUUCGCUUUAA